UGCUUGGUUGUCUGGCUAUGAAAGCCCCGUGGUGUCUCGCAUUAACACAAGGAUACAGGACCUGACAGGACUUGAUGUCUCCACAGCAGAAGAACUCCAGGUAGCCAACUACGGCGUAGGAGGCCAGUAUGAGCCUCAUUUUGAUUUCGGAAGGAAAGAUGAGCCAGAUGCUUUUAAGGAAUUGGGAACAGGCAACAGAAUUGCUACUUGGUUGUUUUAUAUGAGCGAUGUGUCGGCAGGGGGCGCCACCGUCUUCCCUGAAGUAGGAGCUAGCGUGUGGCCUAGAAAGGGAACGGCUGUAUUCUGGUACAACCUCUUCCCAAGCGGAGAAGGAGAUUACAGCACGCGGCAUGCGGCCUGCCCGGUACUAGUUGGAAACAAAUGGGUAUCCAAUAAAUGGCUCCACGAGCGGGGACAGGAAUUCCGAAGGCCGUGCACUUUAUCAGAGUUGGAAUGAUGCGGAGUCGUCCUUCGUUUCCUCCGUAUUCAGUUUGUGUAAAAUGCACACAUCUCCUACAGUUUACAAUUGACUAACACUCCACUACAGGUUCAGUCUUCAGCUACACCGGUGUUUCAUCUGUGGACAAAACAAACAUGCUUUUAGUUCCCUUAAACUAUCUCCUUAAGGUUUUAUGAACAGAAUAUAUUAAGGUCCAUGAGUGUUACAGGAAGAAAAAGAAAAAAAGGACAAAAUACAGAUCAGGGCCACAACUAACAGUGACGUUGUGUGUGGUGUUCACCGUCGCCCCUCUGAUCCGGAUGGAAAGCCAGCGAUUGUUCGCUUAGAGUCCUCCUCACAACUGUCCGUCUGCAAAGGGCGGGAUGAUUUAACGGGAGGGCUCCCUUCUAAGGAAGG